AUGCAAUACUACCCUGACCCCAAAGAUCACAUUCCAGGGGAAGAGUGUAGUGUUAGUAGAAGUUAUUAUAAGGAGCGUUACUAUCCUCAAGACUCGAAGAGGGACCCUAUGGAGUACUCCGACCCCUUAAAUAUUCCUAUUCUCCAAGAGAUAUUCCAACAGACGUUCAAGAAGGCGGGCGGGGUUAACAAAAAGAACGACGCUGGCGAAGCCGCCUGGACCAACGAUUCGAACCCAACCGAUUGCUUCCAACUUUUCCCGACAGAGAUUAUCUACGACAUUCUCGUCUGCUUGCCAUCGAAAGAUGUGCUGAAUGCUAAGCUGGCGUCAGCGACAUUUGCCGCCUUGCCGCUGACAAACACAUUCUGGGCAUCGAGAUUCCAGCGAGGUUUUGAAUUCCAUUGUGUUUUCGAGGCCCAAAGAUUACAGACAAACGACUCCGACUGGGAAACAAUGUAUCUGAGCGUUAAAAGCCUUCAGAAUACCCCUAGCUUCAAAAACAGGCGUCGGAUCUGGAAGCUUCUCCUUCUUGUGGAGGAGUUACAUAGCCGUUUGAUUUCGGCGGAACUAAAAGGCACUAUGUCACAUUCAUUUUUCGAGCCAGAUGCACCGGAAGAUAAUAGGUCAUGGAAUUUAGCAAGCGGUGUACUGUGUCAACCAGACAAUUACUUCGAUCGUGGCUGUAGGUCCUUGUUUGCAAGGACCGUAGACAUUACCCGUAAAGUCACUGGCGUAUUUCUCAGCUUCGCUAGAUUCAAUAGCACAAAGUAUGUUUCGGGUAUUCGAUUUCAACAGUGCAAUGGCGUCAAUAGCUCUCUUGGCUACGUCGUCUCGGAUGAGGAGAUCGAAUUGGAUGUGGAUGGGUCCGUUCUGAGCAAGGAUGGAUGCAGCAUCUUUGGGUUCUAUCUUGCUAUUGAUUCCCGAGGGGUACGGGCAUUGUCUCUGUUGGCCAGUAAUGGCAAAGUGUCAACAUGGGUUGGUGAACAUGAAGGGAUCCCUAAGACGCGAUUACUUCUGAAUCAAGGGGAUAUUUUAAGUCUAAAGGCUGGAUUCGAUGAACGUGUAGAUGAUAAUCUUGAUGAUUUUCCUCUACAACCUGUGGAAACUCCUGGAUUAACGACAAUAACUGGAUUUUACUCUAUACUAUCUAGUUCAUGUGGUCUAGAUUACCUAGGCGUCAUCUCUGAACACAUUCAAAAGGAUGAUGAUCCCAGUGUGAUUCCCGAAGCGUGA